CUCUGCCGGGUGCGCGUACCGAUUCCUCUCAUCGCCGCCACCCGCGUCGCACGUGCCACCGCUCGCUCGAUUGCGAGGAAGGAAGGAAGGAGGAAGGAAGGAGUUCCUUCCACUUGACUCGCUCUCCCGAGAACAGAUCAAAUCCGCCUCGAAUUCCCCGAUCCAGCAGCGCGGCCAGCCAUCUCCUCUGCUCCCAUCCUUCCUCCUCCACGCCCAGAUCCCUCUCGCUCCCUUCCCCACACAGAACCAGCGGUACCCCACCACCACCCCCGCCUUCCUGCCAGUAGUAGAUCCCUUAUGAGCUGGUUGGCUGUGGUUUCACUUCAGUUUGGGGGCUACUAAGAUGGGUCAGCAGCUGGGCAGAGACAAGAUUGGAUCAAACCUAACAGCUGAUGACAUAGCGAGCGCCUUCUACUUCUCGCUCCUGCUCUCCCCUGUUGUCUCCUACUGGGAUUGCAUCUUCCGCAAGAUAAGAUACUCCUUCAGACCCGAGUGGGUGUAGCAUUCUGCGCCAACCGCUUCAGCACUAGUCGGUCCGGAAGUAAAUCGGCGGGCCCUUAGGAAGAAAGCAUCUAGACAGGAGUCUAAUAACUAUGAACUUUGCAGAUUUUGGUUUUCCGUAAUUAUAACUGGUAGAGGAGUUUAGCUGAGAUAGUAAGUACUCAAUAGCAAGCAGUCACACUGGUCAUGGAGAAGGCUGCGGGUAAUCAGGCAGGGAAAGUCUUGAAGAAGGGAAAGAAGAAGCAGGCGAAGGAUGAGCUGGACCGCCAGAAGCAGGCUGAGAAGAAGAGGCGUCGGCUGGAGAAAGCGCUCGCAAACUCUGCUGCCAUCAUCUCAGAGCUGGAGAAGAAGAAGCAGAAGAAGAAAGAGGAACAGGAAAGGCUGGACGAGGAAGGCGCUUCGAUAGCCGAAGCAGUCGCUCUUCAUGUUCUCGUAGGUGAGGACUCCGAUGAAUCCCGCCAUCUGGUGCUGAACAAGCACAGAAGAUGCAACGACUGGGACCCCUCGGCUGGUUUGGACUUCACUCUGGACACGCAAGGCGCAGCUGAUAUCUACUCCCCUGGUGGACUUAUGUGCGGCAAUCAAGCUUAUGCUUCCAGGGGGAGGUGGAUUGACUGGGGCAACGCGCAUCCGCUGCCAACCUGGGGGGAAGUGAGGGACCUGAAAGCGUCCUACUACCAAGGAACGUUCAACCAGUCAACAGUCGCCUGCCCGGGCUUCAUGGCUGCCCAGGCCGUCUCGUCGCUGCAGAUCCGAGAAGACUCGUCCUCUCCAGGCCAGGGAGUCGCCGCCGCGACCGUCGUUAAUAGGAUGCUCGGCGGCGCCAACAGGCUCAACCUUUACAGGGAGAUAUGAAGAAGGAAGAUAUAUACAACCUCGUCGUCAUAGUGUUCUUGUACAUAAUAGUCACCGAAGGUGUGCUGACUAUUUUGCCUGCGUGCAGCUGUUCCAGCCAUCAGGAGAAUCUGAUGGCGCAACUUGUUUCGCCCUUUUGUUUUCGUCGGUCGGUGUAAUAGGAUAUUUUGCGUCUGUUGUUAUUGUCGGUAUUGUAAUGAAACAAGUAUGAUUUCGAUUC